GUACAAAACCUAUUCUGCUCAGCCAUCUAGUAUACAACUGUAAUCGAGUUGUCAAUUCUGAAUCUGCUUGUUAGGACAGAACAUCAUCAUAUUCAUCCUAUUUUCACAGAGCAAGAUUGCCCCUUUUCUCUUUUUCUUUUCUUUAAAACCUACACAAACAAAAGUUUACACCUUUUUCCUCUCUGGCCGCAUAUAAGGGAGCUAGAGCCCCCUGGAUCUCAUCCAUCUUUUUUGGUUGUGGGUUUAUUGUGAUUUUAUUUUUUCAUUCAAGAAUUUGUUAUUAUAGGACUCUUCAGACAUAUUUGUGAGAUAUAAGAUGGGGGCAGAGAGUUCUAGUGCUGAUUCAAGCAGCAAGAACAAUGAGACAGAAGUUAUAUUGAACAUAUAUGACCUCACUCCUGUUAAUAAUUAUGUGGCCUGGUUUGGGUUUGGCAUCUUCCAUUCUGGCAUUGAGGUCUAUGGUAUGGAAUAUGGAUUUGGAGCUCAUGAGUAUCCUAUUAGUGGAGUAUUUGAAGUGGAACCAAAGAGCUGUCCAGGGUUCAUCUAUAGAUGUUCUGUCCCACUGGGUCGUAUAGACAUGCCUCCCUCAGAAUUCGCCCAAUUUAUUGAGACUGUAGCGUCCGAAUAUCAUGGCGAUACAUAUCACCUUAUUUCCAAGAACUGCAACCAUUUUACAGAUGAUAUGUCAAUAAGAUUGACUGGCAAAAAUAUUCCUGGGUGGGUGAAUCGGCUUGCAAAGCUAGGUGCUUUUUGCAAUUGUUUGCUACCGGAAAGUCUUCAAGAAACAACUGUAAAACAGAUGCCUGAGUACCAUUCUUGUGCAGAUGAAGAUGCGAGUGGGUCUCCAUCAAUCAACACGUCCCAGGAACUGUCCGACAGUGAAGAUUCAGAUAAAGACAAUAAGCAGUUGUUAUCACCAGUAUCGAGAAAUGGAGAAGUAGCAUUUAUUAAAGAGGUGCAGAGGUGACUUUAAGCUGUUUAUUAUGCAAAAGGGAAUUGCUUCAAUUGUUAUAAUUAUUCCGUAUGCUCAAGGUGUGCGUUUGCAGACCAGUAUUGGUGCUAAUAGAAACCUAACUUCAUUGAUACAGAUGGUUUGCAUUUGAACUUGCUGUAACACGUUUUUCGUUGAUAUCUUUUGGUCUUUUUUUCCAAUGCCUAAUCUGUAUAUUUCAGUAGCAUGUAAAGUGGCGACUCUUGAGCAUGAUUUCUAGGUGAUCUCACCAGGUGUGAUUUAUAAUUUCUAGUCACAGAUUAUACUUCUUCAGAAUUAGUAUUUAUGUACUUAUGUCUUCAUAAAUUAUUGUUGUUCA